UCAAACCUGAGAUCACCAUGAAUUCUCAAAAUAAUUUCUCAAACUAUGAUGAGGAGGAUGAUUAUCACCAAGAGCAAGGUGUCCAACACAUCCUUACCAACCAGGAAGGAGUCACCUAUUUCCAUGCCCCUACCACUGGAUUUGGAGUCACCAAUCAGCCAGUGAUUUGGUCUGAGUACCAUGGUUAUCAGCCCCAGCAAGACCAUGGGCUGCUUGGCAACUCCACUGCUCUGCCGCAGUUCCUGCCUGUCAACGAGAUCCCAGCCCUCCACCCUAUCCCUCCUCAGGGAUACCACGGGAUGACCCUUCAGAACAGAGCUGUAGCCUUCGAUCCCCGGCUACAAGGCCCUGUCAUGUUUGUGGAUCCCAGGGGCCAACAGCACGGCACCUCUGUGACCUUCCAUCCACAGCUGCAAGCGCCCCUUGUGGCUAUGGGUGUUGGAGGCCCACAGUAUGGUGUCCCUGUUUCCUACGCUCCACACGUGCAGGCCCCCUUCAUGUAUAUAGAUGCCAACGGGCAGCAGCAUGGCACUGCUGUGGCUUUUGACCCACAGCUGCAGGCACCCUUCAUGCUGGUGGACGGUGGAAAUCUACUUCACGGCACCUCUAUGCCCUCUGAUGAAUAUCUACAGUCGCCCUUGAUGCCAAUGGAUGUCACAGGCAUACAGCAUGGCACUGCUGUACUCUUCAAUCCAGUGCCAGCACCAAUUGAUCCAGUUGAGCUCAUCAACUACCCACAGUUGCCAUCGAUUGAGCAGCUGGCUGCUGGACCGAGCAGCUCUGGCCUGAUGAGACCAGCCCCAAUGGUGCAGCUUCCACCCCAGCAGAGCCUGCAGAAGACCAGGGCUCCUUCAGAGGAGGCUGUGUGUGCCCCAAGUAAUGUGACUACUGAGUCGCUGAGUCCACAGGCAACCAUGUCCACGGUGGUUGCAGAGGCCAAGCAGGCACAGGCUGAACAGUCAAAGGUCAAGAUUGAGCAACAACAGCAGCCAGGCACCAGCGGUUCAGAAGAGCCCAAAAGCCAGGAUGACACCGAGAAACAGCAGCUGCCUGGUGCCACGGUGGAGGCUGACGAAAACACUUUCGACCAGGUACUGAAGACUGCUCCUGUCGAGACUGGCAAGGCAGAAGCCAAUCUGCCCAAGACACCUAAGGACAGCCUCCCUGAGAAUGCUGACGACAGGCACCAAGACAAGAAUAGAAAGCAAAAGCCUGACAAAGGUGAGAAAGAGAGGAAGGAGAAACGGCACAAGAAAGCAACAAGCCCGACCGAGAAAACAACCAAGUCUGGUGAUGGAGAGGAGGAGGGGCCAGACACCAACAACAAAAAAGACAAUUCAAAGAUGCCUGAAGAUAAAUCAAAGGCUAAGCACAAGGACUCCUCCAAAAAGCCCAAGAGCAAUAAGGCCAACGAGACACCCGUCAGCCUGCAACCCAGAAGCGAACUUGGAGAGCGCAUCAUGAACUCUGUGCAAGUCUUCUAUAAGCUUGGAGACAAGAUUGAGAAAGUCAAGCCCCCAAAACCAAACCAAGAGGAGGCUGCCAAGAAGUCUCAGUCUGAGCAUCCCAGCUCAUCUGGUACUAGUCAAAGGGGGCAGCCUAAGAUCCCCUACCCAGUCCAGCCUUACAGGAUCCCCAAGGUGCAGAUCCCAAGCAACAUGCCGGAGCGGCCAAGAUCAAGAUCAAGCAACGUGGCGGACCGUGCAUCUGUGGGUUCUCAUGCCGACCAGUCACGCCGCCCGGCACCCACCCAAAGAAGGCCUUCCGCACCCGAGAUACGGGCCCAGAUGCUGCCAGCACCUGCCCGCCAAAGACACCGCCACGAGGUGCCCCACUUCUUUAAGAACCACGCAUAUGGCAGUGUAGGCGACUACGGGGACGGAGAGAGGAUCGUCUACCUGAGGCCAGAGUACCCUGGCAUGUUCCCCCUCCCCCACGCCAACCUGAGGGCACUGCCCCCCGGUGCACCCAGACGCUUCCACUGCCGGGAGACCUCCGUGCCCAUCCCCGACGACCGCCGCGCCGAGAUAGAGGCCAUGAAGCGCGAGGCCAAGCGGCUGAGGGACGAGGCCGUCAUGAUCACACGCAGUGGCAUGGACAGCAGCGUGCUGGCUGACCGCAUGCACCUGCCGCAUGAGCCGUGGCCGAGGGAGGACGUCUGGUGGGAGACUGGACUGGACGAAGUGUGGCAAUUGGAUGAGUGUAUACUGGGCCCCAGGGAUGACUUGAAUCUUGACUGAGACAAAAGAAGAAUUCUUCUUUUGUUUCAAGUUAAAAAGUGUAUAAAUUAUCGAUGAAUUCAUUUUUUAUAA